CGCCUGCUUCCCCACCCUUCCCUCCGAGCCGCCUCAGCUGUCCCCUCGCUGCGCCGCUCCACACCCAACACACCUCGCCCACUCCACCCCCGGUUGUUUCUCCCUCGCAAUGGUCUCGGCCGCCGAGCUGCGUUCGCUCCACGCCCAGCAGGCGCAGGCAGCGGCGCCCGCACACAACGGCACCUCCGCACUCGGCAACAACGGCAACGGCAGCGCCGCAGAGGCGCCCAAGCCCAUGGACGACCCCUUCCCCGCACUCAGCGAAGACCCCUUCCCGGCGCCGGCGCCCGCCGUGGCGCACGGCGCGGCCGGCGCGCAGAAGGCAAAGGCUCAGCCGCGUGAGGUGCAGCCGGACCUCUCGUCGCAGUCGGCCUUCCCGUCGCUCGGCGGCAGCGCGCCGGCGCCCAAGGGCCAGUGGGGCGCUCGCCUCGGCACACCUGCCGCCUCGUCGCCGCGCGGCGCCUCGCCGGCGCCGUCGUCCGGCCGCAGCACGCCGCUGCUGGCGCCCGGCGGCGCGCGCCGCACCGGCACGGCGACGCCCGUGACGCAGGACACGUUCAGCGUGCCCACGCCCAGCGACCCCGCCAAGCUGGGCCAGGUCAUGUCGCGCGUCAAGGCCAAGCACCGCACCGUCAAGAUCGAGGCCAGCUCGACGCGCAAGAGCGGCACCACCACCUUCGUCCUCAAGGGCCCCACGGAGAGCGCCGUCAAGGCGGCGCGCAAGGACCUCACCAUCGGCCUGGCCAAGAUGGUCACCCUCACCGUCAUGAUCCCCUCGUCGCUGCAGGGCUUCGUCAUCGGCGCCAAGGGCAAGAACAUCAAGGCCAUCACCGAGGCGACGGGCGUGCGCAUUAACAUCCCGCGCGAGGAGAGCGACGCCGCCGCCAGCAACGGCGCCAAGGCGCAGGCGCCGGCGCCGACGCCCGGCCAGGACUACGACUACGACGCCGACACGCAGAUUGCCGUCACGAUCGACGGCGACGAGAUCAACGCGCAGGCGGCCGCGCGCCAGAUCCGCGCCCUCGUCGCCGAGCGCACGAGCCGCAGCACGCAGCGCCUGACGCACGUCGACCACGUGCUCUACCCGUUCAUCGCCGGCGCACGCGGCGCCAACGCCUCACGCCUCGAGGCCGAGGUGGGCGGUGCCGACGUCAGCGUGCGCGUGCCGCCGCGCGCCGCCUUCCUGCCGCCGCGCGAGCGCGAGGAGGAGGAGGAGGAGCGUGCCAAGGGCGCCCAGCCGCGCGAGCGCGACCUCAGCAUCGUUGUCUCGGGCGACAAGGACCAGGUAGCCAAGGUCGUGGCGGCCAUUGAGGAGCAGGUGCAGGAGAUGAAGCGCUCCUUCCGCACGCUGGCCAUCAGCAUUCCCAAGCGCCAGCACCGCUUCCUGGUUGGUGACGCCGCACAGGAGAUCCUGGCGUCGACGGGCUGCAGCGUCGAGCUCGCGGCGCAGGAGGAUGUGUCGGACCAGGUCACGAUCCGCGGCCCGCCGGCCAAGCUGCCGCUGGCGCUGACGGCGGCCAUGGAGAAGGCCAGCGCCGUGCGCGUCGAGAGCGUUGAGGUGAGCUCGGCGCACCGCGGCGCACCGCCGGAGCACGCGCGGCGCCUGCUGCGCUGGCUCUCGCUCGGCGGCAAGAUCCCGCGCCCGGCCGGCGUGCAGGUCUUCCUGCCGCGCAACGCCCUCGUCGAGAGUGGCGACGCCGCGGCGCCGCUCAGCAUCGACAUUGUCGGCGCCGAUGCCGAGGCCGUCUCCAACGUGCGCGCUCAGCUCGAGGCGCUCGUGCGCAGCGUCCCGCCGAGCUUUGUCAAGAUCAUCGACGUCGACCCGCUGCUGCACCGCUUCAUCAUUGGCAAGCAGGGCAAGGGCCUGCAGGCCUACGCCAAGCGCGGCGUCGAUGUCAUCUUCCCGCCCGCGCCGUCUGCGACGAACGAGGCCGGCACGGGCGCCGAGGGCCGCUCAGACGUUGUCCUCGUCCUUGCCGAUGCCUCACAGCUGGGCGAGGGCGAUGCCAAGGCCAAGGCGGCCAGCGCCGAGUCGCUGCUGCAGAGCAUCGCCGAGGAGGUCGAGCGCGCUGCCGGCCAGGCAGCAGACCUCACCACCGAGGUGCUGAACGUGCCGCAGCGCUUCCACGCGCAGAUCCUCGGCUCCAAGGGCACCACGCUCAACGCCAUCCUCGGCGCUGCGGGCGAGGACCGCCUCGUCAGCGUGCGCAUGGGCCAGGGCCGCGGCCCGCCGUCGGCCGGCGCGCCGGCACCGUCGCCCGCCGACGACACCAUCACCGUGCGCGGCCCUUCCGCCGAGGUGGCGCGCGUCGUCGCUGAGCUGCAGAAGGUCGCAAAGGAUGUGCAGGAGGACGCCAUCGUCAACGGCCACGUUGCCGAGUUCAGCGUCGACGCCGAGCACGUGCGGCACCUCGUCGGCCGUGCCGGCGCCUCGGUCGCCAAGCUGCGCGACGAGCUGGGCGUGCGCAUCGACUUUGACGACGCGCCGGAGGCCGGCGCCUCCAAGGGCCCCAAGGCCAAGGGCGCCAAGACGAAGGUGACCAUCACGGGCCGCCAGGAGAACGUCAAGGCGUGCAAGGAGCGCAUUCUCGCGCAGGCCGCGCAGCUGGCCGACGAGACGACGAUCACGCUCAAGGUGCCGCAGUCGAUGCACGGCUCCAUCAUCGGCAGCGGUGGCAAGUACGUGACGCGCCUGCAGGACAACUACGGCGUGCGCGUCAACUUCCCCUCGCAGAACGCCGAGAAGGCCGACGAGGUGACGAUCCGCGGCGGCAAGAAGGGCGUCGAGGAGGCGCGCCGCGAGAUCGUCGAGCUGCUGCAGUACGAGGAGGCCAACAACCAGACGACGACGGUUGUUGUCUCGCGCUCGUCGAUUGCGCGCAUCAUGGGCAAGGGCGGCGCGACCGUCAACAAGAUCCGCGACGACACCGAGGCGCAGAUCGACGUUGACCGCGCCGCCGACGAGGCCGAGGGCGCUACGACGACGAUCCGCAUCCGCGGCACGAAGAAGGCAAUCGAUGCUGCCCGCGGCGCCAUCCUGGCCAUCGCCAAGGACGUCGAUGCCGAGGAGACGUUCUCGCUGAACAUCCCCUCGCGCUUCCACGGUCUGCUGCUGGGCUCCGGAGGCCAGAACCUGCGCGACAUCAUUGCGCGCGCCAGCGGUGGCGGCAGCGGCGACGACCAGGCGCGUCUGGGUGCGCAGCUCGUGCAGUUCCCCCGCCGCGGCGACAAGAACGCCGACCCGGACACGGUCAUCGUGCGCGGCCCUGGCGAUGUCGCUCGCAAGGUCAAGGACGAGCUGGCGGCCGCCGCCGCCGAGCUGGCCGACCGCGUCACCGUCGGCACCGUGGUGGCACCCGCGUCGCAGCGUGGCCUCAUGGGCGCGCUGCGCGAGCUGCAGUCGACGCACAACGUGCGCAUCCUCAUGCCCUCGUUCCGCGAGUUUGCUGCCGCCAAGGAGGAAGCCGUGAACAGCGCCGAGACUGCCGACGCCGCCGAGGGCUCCGUCGUGCUGCUCGUGGGCAAGCGCGCUGCGUGCGACGCUGCCGCCAGGGAGCUUGCUCAGCGCUUCACGGCGCACUCGGAGCAGGUCACCAUCUCGCGCGCCGCCCACGCCAAGCUGGCGAACCAGCAGUUCUUCCGCUCGCUGCGUGCCACGGGUGUCUCUGCGGAUGCCCCGCGCGUUGCGCCCGUCGCUGCUCCGGCGGCCGAGCAGGCGGCGCCGUCUGCCGGCGCGGCUGCGGCCCGCAUCGACCUCGACGAUGCCGUGGACCUCGGCGCAGGCGACGACGAUGACGAGUUCGGCUUCACCAUCGUGGAGCUGCCGCCCGUCGCUGGCGAGGACGUGACGUGGACGCUGACGGCCAGCAGCCCGGAGACGCUGGCGGCCGGCGUGGCGCGUCUGCGUGCCGAGGCCGACGAGACGGGCGCGAUCACGCACGAGGGCCGCCUGACCGUCGACGGCUCCGUGGUGCCGCGCCUGGUGGGCAAGCAGGGCUCGGCGCUCAAGCAGCACGAGGAGGCCUCGGGCGCUCACAUCGACAUCCCGCGCUCCGGCAACGGCACCGUCAUCAUCCGCGGCACGCGCGACCAGGUCCUCGCCGCCAAGGAGCGCAUCGUGCGCGCCGCCUCGGCGCCGGCGCGCCCUCGUCGCGACUGAGCGGCUUUGCCUUAAGCCCUAGGGCUCUCCCCGCACUCUCGAAUCUCUCCCAUCCCUUUCCACUCUCUCUCGCGUCCCCGCCCCUCCAUCAAUCCCCCUGGUUCCCGCUCCGCGUCACAUACAACCCAAGGCAAGCUCGCCGCCACAUCGCGCGUGCGAGUCUGCGCACAUCUCGACAUAUACUUUGUCCCGGUGCAAUGCUCAUCUCAAGCUGUUCCGAGCGUGCGGGUGACGGGUCCAUUUGCGUCUCGCUGCCCUUCACCAGCCGUCGAGAUCGAGGGCCUCGAGCGCCCGCGCCUCGUCAGCGUCCUGCUCGUCGUCCUCAUCCUCCUCUUCCUCUUCCUCUUCUUCCUCCUCUUCUUCCUCUUCCUCCUCCUCCUCCGUCUCCUCUUCUGACUCCGCCUCUUCGGCGUGCGACUCGCUCGUGGUGUCGUCCUCGUGAGCAUCACGCGUCUGGCCUUC